UUCCAACGUUCGAAGUAGGCGGGGCCGAGCCCCAGGCGCUGACGUCCUCCAGGUGAGCCUCAAGUUUCAGUGAAAAUUAUCUGCUCCUCCGUGGAGGUUUGGAUUUGGCCUUGGCUGGGAUUUUUCUCAGGAAUCUGUUCUCCCCGAUCUCAGAAGCAGCGGUCGAAGAAAGAGCAGGAGAGGCACGGUUAGCUCUGAGCCUCUACAACUCUUUGGUUGUAGCAGCGGGUGAACCAACCAGUCCGGGACUGGUUCCUGGGCUGCUCCGGGAAGAUGGGAGCCUGGGGCACGGCGGGGCUGCUGGGGUGCACAACUCUGCUAGCCGCUGUAGUCACCUGCUCCGCUUCCUCCGCAAACCUCUUGACUCCAGGAGUCAAUAGCAGCAAAGGAAGAAGUUUUAUUGGCCAUAAAAUCCCCUCAAAGAAUAUCUCAUCCAGUGGGAAUGAAGGAGUUUCCACGGUUGUAGGAUUCUCUGUGGACAAGUUUUCUGCUGAAAUUCUCACUGGAGGACUGACUACUGUCUUCUUUCCAAUUGUCUAUGCAAUUGUGUUUAUCAUUGGCUUGCCAAGCAAUGGCAUGGCUCUGUGGGUCUUCAUUUUCCGAACAAAAAAGAAACACCCUGCUGUGAUUUACAUGGGCAACUUAGCCUUGGCAGAUCUCUUAUCUGUAAUCUGGUUUCCCUUGAAGAUUUCCUAUCAUAUAAAUGGCAACAACUGGAUUUAUGGGGAAGCUUUGUGCAAGGUGUCAAUUGGCUUUUUCUAUGGCAAUAUGUACUGUUCCAUUCUUUUCAUGACUUGCCUCAGUGUGCAGAGAUACUGGGUCAUCAUGAAUCCCAUUGUGCGCUCCAGGAAGUUGUCUAACAUUGCAAUAGGGGUUUCCAUUGGAAUUUGGCUGUUGAUUCUGCUGGUGACCAUUCCUCUGUAUGUUGUGAAGCAAACUGUCUAUAUUCCAGACCUUAAUAUCACAACAUGCCAUGAUGUUUUGCCUGAAAAUGUGCUGGCGGGAGAUAUGUUCAAUUAUUUCCUCUCUCUGGCCAUUGGUGUCUUCUUGUUCCCUGCUUGUCUCACGGCCUCUGUCUAUAUCCUAAUGAUCCGAACACUCCAUUCUUCUGCUAUGGAUGAUUCUGGAAGGAAGAGAAGGAGAGCCAUCAAACUCAUCAUCACUGUACUGGCCAUGUACCUGAUCUGUUUCACACCCAGUAACACUUUGCUGGUGGUACAUUAUUUCCUGAUUCGAGCCAGAAGACAGAGCGAUGUCUAUGCCUUGUACCUGGUAGCUCUCUGUCUCUCUGCCCUUAAUAGCUGUAUUGAUCCCUUUGUCUAUUACUUUGUUUCUAAAGAUUUUAGGGAUCAUGCCAAGAAUGCUCUUCUUUGUCGAAGUGUUCGGACUGUGAAUAGAAUGCAAGUGUCCCUCACUUCCAAGAAAUUAUCUCGGAAAUCUAGCUCCUACUCUUCUAGUUCAACGAGUGUUAAAGCAUCUUAUUGAUACAUCUUUCAUAUCGUCAGAGAAAAAUAGCAUUGUUGAACUUAAGAGUCUACAAUACAUUUCAGAAAGUGUCUUGCCAUUGCAUUCUGCAUUCUAUCAUCAAUAAGGAUCACAUUGUCCUUCAGAUGGAUCCCUAUGCCCAGUAUUUCUUGGAGUUUCCAAGAAAAGCAAGUACUUGUGUUGUGAAUGGACAUGUUGUGGUAUGGCAGAGACUGCCCAGGAGCUGGAGUCAGAGAACCUGGGUUUGAAACUGAAUCCUAACAACUAAAAUCUAGGACCUUAAUUUCCUCAUUCAUAAAAUCAGAGAAUUUGACUAGCUACUGUUAGUAUCUCUUCCAGCUAUAAAUCUGUGGUUCUGUAUUUUCCUUUUGUAUGCUUCAUUUGUUCAGCCUUCAAGUAAAACUCAACUAAUUAUAAUUUUCAAUUUAUGAGGGAGAGAAAAAGACUAAAAAAUGUAUAUGUAGAUGGCAUCACAAUUUAGUGAUAUUGGAUGCUGGAAGUGACAAAUCAGUUACCUCAAGGUACAUUUCUUUGCCUUUUAAAUGUUCAUUAUGGAAUUUUAGAGCUGGGAACUACCCAUAAAUUGACUUCCCUAAAAUAUUAACUUAGAGUAUUACAGCUAGAAUUUUAGGGAUUAUCUGAUAGUCCAACCCCUUUGUUUUAUAGAUGGCAAAAAUGAGACCCCAAAGAAAGGAAAUGAUUUCACUCAAUGCCCCACAACCAGGCAAAGACAAAAGCUAGGUUAACAACCCAGAUUUCUUGUUUCCUGUGUUUCCCAUGUUUCUUUUUCAUUGCCUUGGUGGACGAUGACAUGAGGACCCAGGCUAAAAUUCUUUUUCAAUUGCUUUCUCCCUGCAUAAUCUCAAGGAAGAUAUUUAAGUUCUCUAGGCCUCACACAUCUCACCUGUAAAAUGAGGGGGUUGUACUAAAUGUUCUACUUUUUAACCUAUGCUGUAUGACUAGGGGUCACUGCUAAAUGUUGAACAAAUGACAUUAUUGACAUUUUUGCAUUCACUUUGUGAGGUCUAGGCAAUCAACAAAACAAAGUAAACCCUGAUUUUUUUUGUUGUUUUCUGGUUUCAAGUUAUAAAUGCUCACACUGAAAAUUUAACAAUCUGCUCUUGUGCACUGAUACAAGCUGGCUCAAACACAUCUCUGAUUAUAAUUUCCAUGUAUCUCUUUGUAUUGGUCUUUGAAUUUUCUCUUGCUCAUUAUUACUUGAAAAGAAAAAUGCAAUAAUGGUUUUAGCCUUUAAUACAUUAAAAUAAAAUUUUUACUUAACUUUAAUGCAUAUUUCAGGCAUAUAGGCCAAGAAUUUUUUUCUUUUUUAAAUAAGAACCAUAUUUGACACUUAGAGUUUUUUCUGUCCAGAUUGCAAUAUUUAUUGUCAAAUUUUUUAUUGUUGCCAAAAGUCAAAUUAUAGUAGCCUGAUAAGGUUAUUCUUCUUAGAAAGAGGAAUAGGACAACAGCAAACAUUUAACAGGCACCUCCUAUGUUGAAAUGUGCUAGGUGCCUAGUGACUAAAAGGAAGUAGGCUUUAUUGGGAAGGAGUAUAUGUUCUUCUAAGUAACAAUAGUCCAUAUUGUAUUGUUAUGUGUCACAAUUUUGGGUAUGUUUUUGAGUUAUGUGUACUUGUGUAGUUCCUUCUAAUAUAUAUUCUCAGAAACUGAUGUUUUUGUGGCAUUUGAUGACCAUUUUUUGGUAAUCAUGUACUUUAUACUAUGAUCUCUUUUAUAAAUAAAACAACUUUUUUUAUAACCUGUUUCUGAGUUGGACUGGGGUGGGGGAAUGUGACAUGAAGUGCAUACAUCACUUUUCCUUUACUAAAUGGAAAAAAUGAGAUAUAUAUGUCUGCUGAUGCAUGAUGCAUUUCUGCAGACAGUAAAGAAUGACAACUCUUAAUAGAUUCAGCAUGAAAAAGGACCAAAAACAUUGGGUUGCUGGUCCCUGUUUUGUUCCAAAAUCUUUCUGUUAAACAGCCCAACCUUAAGAGGAAAACUUACUAGCACUCAGGCCAUAUCUAACAGAGUAGACUUUAUUUCAUAUCUAUACAUCUGCUAAGGGGAGGCAGGCUUGUUUCAACAUCAGUCCUUUGAAUUCAAGAAGGGGCCACAAUCAGUGGAGCUCUUUAUUCCACAACCUUUUAGUGACUUGAAACAAGGGCAUCUGGGCAUCUGCUUCAUUCCUAACACGUUUCAAUGCCCUAAGGUUAUAUGGUCAAAUGCUAAACCCUUUGAUACAUUCAAUCAGCUGUUAUUAUAACUUUCAAGUAUGCUGUGAUGUUGCCAAGGAAAGACAAGUAGGACCAGUAAAGAAGAUGAGCUGGUUAUGGAGCAAUAAUUGAUAAAUAGACUAAAUAAGGGAAGAAGGAAAAGAAUGAGCAUUUAUUAAGCACCUACUAAGCACUAGACCAGCGGUUCUCAACCUGUGGGUCGCGACCCCAGCAGGGUCGAAUGACCAAAACACAGGGGUCUCCUAAAGCCAUUGGAAAAUACAUAUUUCUGAUGGCUAUUUUACAGCAAGAUCUCAGAAAGAACGGGGACCCUGCUGCCCGCACAUUGUACUAAUAUUAGUUGCCUAUCAGCUAGCCCUCCCCCUAUGAAGGGCGAUGGAUUUACCCUGUUGCCUGGAGACCGGACUCAAACAGAGACCCAGAGAGAGCACCCGGGCUUUGGCUCCGGAGGGGUUAAGAACAAGUCCUGGAGCAGAUAACUCCUGGAGCGGAUAACAGAGCUGAGUAACCCCAGCAAAGUGAAGCCUCAGCUCGAGUUGGAGGGAGACAACAGGAAGAAGAAGGCAGCGUCUGUGGACCCCCUCCCCAGGCAGGACUUACUUCCCGCCCCAGCACUCAGGCUGCCUCCUGCUGGAUUAAUAUUUCUCAACAUAUAAUUAAAUAUUGUUUUUGUGAUUAAUCACUAUGUUUAAAUUAUGUUUCAUUUGUAGUAAUGAGAAUACAUAAUGAAUACCAGGUAUUUAUAUUCCGAAUCAUAACUAUAGCAAAAUUACAGUUUUGAAGUAGUCACCAAAAUAAUCUUUUGGUUUGGGGUCACCGCAACAUGAGGAACUGUAUUGCGGGGUCAUGGCAUUAGAAAGGUUGAGAACCACUGCACUAGACCCUGAGUUAUAAUAAAUGCCUCAUUUGAUCCUGGGAGGUAGGUGCUAUUAUUAUUUCUGGUUUACAAUUGAGGAAACUCAGGCAAGCAGAAGUUAAAUUACUUGUUUAGGGUCACACAACUAAGAACCAUGUAAGGCUCUUUGAGGCCUCCUCAGAAAAUGUGGACAGGAAGAGGGGUAGUGGGUGGCCUCCAGUCCCUCAGCCCCAACUCCUCUUCAAGAGUGACUCCCCAAGCCAAAGCUAUUAGUCUGACUCAUUGUGGAAGAUUAAAGGAAAAUAUGAAUAAGAAGUAGAGGAGAUGAGGAGAGAUGUGGCAAUCUGCAUUCCUAGAAAUAGGGCCCACUAUACCAAUUAAAUCAGACUCACUGAAGUUUGAAGUAGAAAAUGAUGGCAUGAAUGGAGUGUGGGUGCUUUAUCUACCAGAACUGGUUUCAUAGGAUAAUCAAUAUAGAAUGGGAAGAUACCUGAUAUAUCAUUUAUUUCAUCCCCUUUUUAUAGAUAAGGAAAUAGACCCAGAGACUUGCUAAAGAGUCAAAGAGGCAG